UGAUUGUUUACAACAAUGGCAACGCCUCUCGAUCUCCCACAGUUUCUCGGCUAUUGUCUUACGGUUCUCACGUGUAAAUGUGCGUUUUGCAGACCGGGUUGAGGCGCUGCUAAAACUGUAUUCGAUUUUAGUACAGUUACGCCCGCGGGAAGCUUCGUCGCUGUGUUUAGCUCGGCCGUGACUCACGCGCCUGUGGUUGAUUUUACGUGGUUUUUGAUGCUUUCAAUUUAUCAGUUUAUCAGUAGCAUAUAUUUGUACACUGUUCAGUGGAGGCAGGUUCUCUUAUAGGGCAUGGGCGCCCUAAGGCCUAGGAAUAGAACUGCCUUUAGUGCAUAGUAAUGUUUUCAGCUAUUGCAUACAAAUUGUCUACGACAUUUCUUGAAGAGCAAAAGGUGUGCGCGGCAGCAUCGAGCGCGAUGUCGAAGAAGCCGGCGGCGCAGCCCACGCUGCACAAGGUGAUCAUGGUGGGCUCCGGCGGUGUGGGCAAGUCUGCGCUCACGCUGCAGUUCAUGUAUGAUGAGUUCGUCGAGGACUACGAGCCCACGAAGGCCGACAGCUACAGGAAGAAGGUGGUGCUGGACGGCGAGGAGGUGCAGAUCGACAUUCUGGACACGGCGGGCCAAGAGGACUACGCGGCCAUCAGGGACAACUAUUUCCGCUCCGGUGAGGGCUUCCUCUGCGUCUUCUCCAUCACCGAGCCGGAGAGUUUCGAUGCCACGCAAGAGUUUAGGGAGCAGAUCCUGCGGGUGAAGAACGACGAGAACAUUCCGUUCCUGCUGGUGGGCAACAAGUCGGACUUGGGGGACAAGCGGCGCGUGCCGCUGGACGCGUGUCGCGAGCGCGCGCACGCCUGGCAGGUGCCCUACGUGGAGACCUCCGCCAAGACGCGCGACAACGUCGACAAGGUGUUCUUUGAUCUGAUGCGGGAGAUCCGCUCGCGCAAGUCGGACGACAGCCGCGCCGCCAACGGUAACGUGCGCGACAAGGUCAAGCGGAGAAAGAUCAAAUGCGCCAUAUUGUAGGUCGCAGCGCCCCGCCCCCCGCGCGUCGCGCCACGCCCCCCGGGCACUGCGCCACGCCCCCCGCGCGCCGCGCCACGCCCCCGCAGCCGCCGGAGACUCACGCGCCUCCUGUAUAAAUUGUAUCUAUGACAUUCGCCCGUUUUGGUGCUGGUAUUUUAUUGAAUACUGUUCCUAAUGAAGUUGUCUGUGACGUACGCGCCUCCUGUUCACACGACAGAACGUAACGAGCUCAUUGCGAACAGAAUUCCGUAAAUGUGUUUGUUACGUUAUGGAACAUUACGCUUGCGCGUUAUUUUGUAUUUAUAUUUAGUGUCUAAAUAUUUUUGAUCUGAACACGAAAUGCAUAGAUAACAUAGUUUUGUGAUAAAUGUAAC